CGCAAACACAAAGAGGAAGAGAAACACACUAUAUUUGAGAGCGUUUCUGUGCAUCGCGGAGUGGAGGCGUUGUUUGCUGGUGAUAUUGUGAAGGUUUAUAUCGCGGAUUUAUUGAUUGGUCAUCAUUCAUUCAUCAGUGAUUGAUCCGUCAUUGAUUGAUCCUCCGUAAAGCCGCUGAUGAUGGAGAACGAGGCGGAGCGGAGCGGCAGUGCUCUGCGGGAUCUGUGGCAGCGGCCAGGGAACCAGAGCUGCGCGGACUGCGGUGCUGCAGAGCCGGAUUGGGUGUGUGUGAGUCUGGGAGUGUUCGUGUGUCAGGGCUGCUCUCUCAUCCACAGAAGCGUCUUCAGUCUCUGCAGUGUGAAGUCGGUCCUGCAGGACACGUUUGAGGACACAGAGAUUGAGUUCAUCAGCUCUAUGGGGAAUGAAGCAGCGAAGGCCAAAUAUGAGCAGCAGGUUCCUCCGUUUUACUUCCGUCCAUCACACACAGACUGCAGAAUUUUGCGGGAGCAGUGGAUCAGAGCCAAAUACGAGCGACAGGAGUUUAUACACAUCGAGAGACAAGAGCCGUACUCAGCAGGCUACAGGGAGGGUUUUUUGUGGAAACGCGGACGAGACAACGGACAGUUCCUGAGCCGCAAGUUCAUCCUGUCUGAGAGAGAAGGAGCGCUCAAAUACUUCAACAAGCAGGACGCGAGGGAACCCAAGGCCAUAAUGAGGAUUGAAACCAUGAACGCUGCUUUCCAGCCGGCUAAAAUCGGGAACCCGUGUGGCCUGCAGAUCACAUACCUGAAGGACAACAGCACCAGGAACAUCUUUGUGUACCACGAAGACAGUAAGGAAAUGGUGGACUGGUUCACUGCGAUCCGGGCAGCUCGCUUUCAUUACCAGAAGGUGGCAUUUCCUGGAGCUAAUGAUGAGGACUUGGUGCCCAGACUUACAAGAAACUUUACAAAGGAAGGUUUCAUGCAGAAAACCGGCCCACGACACACCGAGGGCUUCAAGAAGAGAUGGUUCACUAUGGACGACCGCAGACUCAUGUACUUUAAAGAUCCACUGGAUGCGUAUGCGCUAGGCGAGGUGUUCAUCGGCAGUAAGGAGAAUCGCUAUACAGUCUUGUCUGGUUUGCCGCCUUCGACCCAAGGCUACCAUUGGAAAUACGGCAUCACCAUAGAAACGCCAGACAGGAAGUUCCUGUUUGCUUGUGAAACCGAGGCCGAGCAGAAGGACUGGAUCGCAGCCUUUCAGAGGGUCGUCAACCGGCCCAUGAUGCCGCAGGAGUACGCAGUUGAAGCUCAUUUCAAGCACAAGCCUUGACGCGGGCUGUAAACCCGUGAAGGACCAACAGAAAACACAGAUCUGGCCGUCGGAGGACAUGCAAACGGCCGUCUGUGCUUCAUUUAGUGCUCCUGAACUGAAGAUGUGCUGACGGUGGCGUCUCCACAGCUGGAUACUGUACAGAUAUGGCAUGUGAAUGUUGUUCAUCGCUCUAAACGUAACAUUUAACCUGUAAACGCCACUAAACGCUUGCAUCUGACUGCUGUUAUUUAUUGGAUUAUCCGAGCAAAUGCUGCUGUGAGGUUUUUAGUGGAUCUUCAGACGCUACGCAAAACAUUAAUACUGUAUACUGCGCAUGAAUCAUUUUUUUAUCUUGUUUUUCAGUAGAAAUAUUGAAACAGUCGAGAUACGUAUACUAAAUACAAUCACGGUUGUAUUUUUUUACAUGGGUAAAACCUUAAAACAAGAACAAAGGUCUGUUAACAGCAAUCCAGGCUCAUUAUGAAUAUGUACCCCUGUAUACAUUUCUGGAGAGCGCCAAAUAUGUCCCAGGAGCUACGUUUAUUUGCAGUAUGCAAGUUUUCUGCAAAUCCACCAGAGGCCGCUGUGUGCGCUUUUUCAGAUUUAAGUUUUCUCUUGUGAGUGCCAUUCACGCCUGCUGUUCUCACGUAAAUCCACCGCUGUCGACAGACCAAUCGACUGACCCUCUCUCCUCCUUCCCUAAACCCAACCGAUAGUGUUUUCAAAAAGCAAUCCAGAAAAAGAAAAGCCCUCCCCUGAUUUUUUUGUACCACGUUUUCAGAUUUGACCACAUUCUCACUCUGUUAUUUACUUGUUUAUUUUAUUUUUUGCCGUUUGGUUUUAUCUUACCGCUUUCUGGAACCGUUCUUCGCAGGACUCGAACUGCAUCAUCGCGAUCAACUCCGCUCCAGGUCUCAAGGCCACCGACAUACACGAGUCACUGGGCAAACUGGUAACAGCGGGAAAGUCCACACUGAGGUAAGCGGUCAGCUACUAGCGUGAAAAGAAACCGCCUUGUAGCAUUCGCUUUAAAGAUGAAGUGCAGCUAUACGUUCCUCUGGUUACAUAAUUCGCGAUCUCCAGAAAUGUAUACAGGGGUACGUUUUCAGAAUGAGCUUAUGUUGGUUAAAAUACAAGAGGAAUAGAGGAAAACAUUUAAUUUGGAAGAUAUUU